GAGCAUGUAGUCACGAACAAGCUGAGGCUGCUAAACAAUUUCAGAAUGAUACAUCAUCGAAAUUCGUGUCUGUGACAACGCAAAAUUACCCGUCCUCAACUUUUAUUUUGUUUGAACACGAUGUCAGUGAGCUCUACCGAGACAUGGUCAAGGCGCAUGUGGAAUGUUGUGCAGAAAGCUGCUUCAUCAUUUGUUUGGGAAGGUGAUUUGAAGCUGAGCUACCUUCCUUUCAUUGUUAAUGGAAGACAGGUUGGUAUUAUACCACCCAUCAUGAUGGAAGCAUUAUCAGUCUCACAACCAGACCUCUUUGAAUUUAAAAACAAUGAAGUGCACUUGUCUCCUUCCCUAACCACAUACGCAGAGAGGACGGCUAGGGUUGGAGAGUUUAUAGCCAAAUGUCGUCAAUCAGGCAACUUUAUUACACUUCAGGGCUGGAGGAAUGAGAAUUAUGCAGUUAGCAGGUCAUACUAUGACACCCCUCUAUUUGAAAUGGAACGGUCAGCUACAUGUCUGUUUGGGGUCAAACAGUACGGAGUCCAUGUGAAUGGUUACUACAAACAUCCAAUAGAUGGUAUAUGUAUGUGGAUUGGAAAGAGAUCAUCUACCAAACAAACUUACCCUGGAAAACUAGAUCAGAUUGCUGCAGGUGGAUUACCAGCUGGUAUGAGCAUCAAGGAAUGUAUGAUGAAAGAGAGUGAAGAGGAAGCUAGUAUACCAAGAAACAUCAGCUCUAAAGCUGUCUCUGUAGGUGCAAUAAGCUAUUUCACUGAAGAUGAACGAGGUCUCUUCCCAGAAACCCAAUUCAUCUAUGACCUAGAAUUACCAGCAGACUUUGAGCCUACAGUGAAGGAUGGGGAGGUCAGUCAGUUCUGCUCUUGGCCCCUUAGCAAGGUUAAAGAGGAGAUAGCAACAGAUAGAUUCAAACCAAACUGCAGCCUUAUAUGUCUUGACUUCCUGAUACGACAUGGAUACAUCACUCAUGAUGAGGAACCUCAUUACUUGGAUUUCCUGUCCAGUAUUCAUCAAACUCAUUUCUGAAGCCUUCACCAGCUUUCACCACACCUGGACAGAUGGGUUGAAGGACCGAGUUGGCAGAGCGGGCGGGAACAACCAGAUUCAUGUUUCUGGUCAUUUGAUAACCUGGAUGUAAUAUCAUAGAUGAAGGGUACCUGUUUUGAGGUUGGCAUAUAAGCGGUUGAAUGAACACCAUGUAACAACUGAUGUUAGUGAAAUAUGCAACAAGUAAAAUGCAAAAUGAAGAACAGUACCUGUUUUGUUUGAGUUGGCAGAGCGGAACAACCAGAUUUAUAUUUCAGGUCAUUUGAUAAUCUAGAUGUCAUAUCAUAGAUGAAGGGUACCUGUUUGAGGUUGGAAUAGCGGUUGGAUGAACACCAUGUAACAACUGAUGUUGGUGAAAUAUGCAACAAGUAAAAUGCAAAAUGAAGAACAGUAUUUCUGAUUGAGGUAGGACUGUCAGUAAGUCCUGUAUGUGAUAAGAUUGGAUAUACCCUUUAAAGGUGUUCAACUCUUGAUGUGUAUUCUUUAAGGUACAGUACUAGGAAAAAAGCAGUUCUAAUGAAAUAGACAAUAUUGAUUCAGUAAAGUUAUUUAAGAUUUCAUUAUUCAUUUUGUAUCUCUUCUUAAUUCAAAUUUAUCUUAAAGAGGAACAUUGGCCUUACUUAAAGGAGUGUUAGUGGAACAAAUUCAUUAUAUUUUGAGAAAAGUUAGACAAACAAUAUGAAAGAUAUGAGUUAGUAAAGAUUAGUCCAUCAGUCAUCUCACACUGGCAACUCAGUCUUAAUGUGUAGCUUCAUAAUGGGAGAAAGUCUGUUUGAAAUGUACACAAUUCUACCUUUUUUUUUUUCUAUUUUAAUUCUGGAACAGAGUAUUGCUAAUGACACAUGAUGGAUAACAUAUUUUUACAGCCCUCCCUCUAUAAAAAUAUCCGUGCCAUCACUGGAAUUGAGAAAAGUAGUACUCUAAAAUGAAUUUUGAUUCAAAAUUAAUGAGAGAGUUAUCCUUGUAUGAUAUUAGACAUACAUGAUUUCAUUGCCAGUAGGGAGAUUCCCCAUUCCAAUACUCACUUUCAAAUAUCUAUAACACGUUAACUUAUUUUCAGACCACUCUGUAUCUUCAUUUAUCUUCUUUUCUCCUUCCAUUCAAGCCCAAUGUGUGCAUUGCUAUGAUAGUCUAUGUCAAAGGUCAAUAACAGUGAACACAGAACACAAAGACAAUCUUUGAUCUUUGAACUUAUUUGUUUCUGCCUUCAAGCUCCACCAUAGAAGGUGGUACCAGAGACACUCAUUUAAUGUAAAUGUGUUUCUUAGUUAAACUUAUAAAUAAAGUACAUUGUGGGGUACAUGAUCAGAUAAUAUAUCAAUAAACUAUUUCAAAGAGUACAAAGUUUUUUUGCAAAUGUGUUGCCGUGUAUCUUGGAGGUUAAUGUGUUUAUAGCCGUGUAGGGAAGUAACAUUCUGUAUCAUGCAACUGGGCAAUUAGAGACAUUUUCGUUGCAUUAUCUUUCUGAUUUUCCUCUUAAUCAGACAAGAUACUAGAGGUAUUGCAUUUCAUACACCUCGACCAUUUCACCAGAAAAUAACACAAAUGACUAAGAUACAUGUAUCAUGAAGACAGAUUAAAACUUCCUGUUUCAGACUCUUGAA